GUACAGAACGCUGAAGGAAGCGACGAUGGCGGGUCGAGUUGUGAAGAUGUGCAAGAGAACAAGGUCGACAGUAUUGAGGAAAAACAGUAUGAAAAGGAUUCCAUCACGACUUGCUCUCUUUGCCAUAAAGUAUACUCAAGACCWUCAACACUUAAAGCUCACAUGCGAAUUCACACUGGAGAGAAGCCAUUUAAAUGCAACACGUGUGACAAAUCAUUUUCCCAAGAUGCCAAUCUCAAGGCUCACCUACGCGUGCACUCCAAAGAGAAACCAUUUAAAUGUCAGAUAUGUCAUAGAAGGUUUGCCCAGUCUUCUUCAGUUACCACGCACAUGCGCAUUCACAGCGGUGAACGCCCCUAUAAAUGCCAAGUUUGCCUCCGAGGUUUUGCUGAUAGCUCAACACUCACCAAGCAUCUACGUAUUCAUACUGGAGAGAAGCCGUACCAGUGCAAAGUCUGUGAUAUGAAAUUCUCGCAAUCAGGAAAUCUAUCCAGGCACAUGCGAGUACACAAAAAGAAAAAGAUGGCAUAAGAAAAUGAAAAGAAUGCCAAUACUUUACACGUCGUUCGUGUUGAUUUAAUGCGAUAUAUAUCUUAAUAWAUAAACUCAUGUUGUGUUGUUAAAAAAGAUAUAUGACAUAUGGACUCGGUAUUUACUUGCUUAUUGUUUACAUUGUAUUAUCCAAUUUCAUCCUUUAAUUUUCCUGUUUAACUCACAAUUCGUUCGUGCUGACAGUGUGGUUGCAUUAUCCAACUGCACCUUUCUUCAUGGCAAAGUGUGCUUUCUUAGUUUGUAAGGAUAAUUCCUCACCGAUCAUAAAUCCAAUUGGAAA